AUGCAUGCAGAGACACCUCCACCUACGCCGCCCGCACUUGCAGCUCUACCGCCGCGCGCUGUACCUGUAGCUCCCCCCAAAAACCUGCACCGCAUGCGUACGCGCGCCAAGUCUGGCUUCGUUCAACCCCGCAAGCUCAUGGCAGUCUCCAUGCCUUCUCCUGCCAACUCCCCCAUCCCUGCCAACUAUAAAAUCGCACUACGAGAUCCUAACUGGUACAAUGCCAUGCUUGAGGAGUACAAUUCUUUGGUGCAAAACAAGACAUGGUCCUUGGUUUCUUGUCCUGCAGGUGUAAACUUGGUGUCGGGGAAGUGGAUCUUUCGCCACAAACUACAUCCGGACGGGUCCCUCGCUCGCUACAAGGCCCGUUGGGCGUUGCGCGGCUUCACACAGCAACCCGGGGUGGACUACGGCGAAACCUUCAGCCCGGUUGUGAAGUCGGCCACCAUACGCGUCAUCUUGAGCCUCGCCGUCAGCAACAACUAG